GUCAAACUGGUUUUGCCUAACUGAAAAAAGGAAUAUUAAAACAUGAUCCAUAGAUAAAUAUUUUAGGCACUCAUCUGGUAUUCAUUACUAGAAAAAUUUAAACAAAAAUCAAGCAUAUCAAGGGGGAUAACUUACGCCGAACGUUGCGGCAAAUGGCGGAUGUCACUCCUUUUCUUUUUUCAAUAUACCGUAUAUUUGACUGAUUUUUAAAUUAGCAGAUUAUAUUUAAUUGAGAUUAGAUAAUUAAAGACCACCCGCUCGCAUAAUAUGAAAAGAUUUUCAAAGGUCGGACAAACAAUAUGUAAAGCCGGUACGGAUUCGGAUUUAUGCGCCGCAAUAUGCGGUCCUGUUCCAGAGUUCCUAUGGUACAGACUGACGAACGGUUUAAUUUAUAUAAACAAUGGAGCAUAUAAAACUUGAGAAAAAGUAGCGAAAAUCUCUACGGUUGUAUAGAUUAUACAGGUUUUUGAUAACCGACGCCUUUCUAUAUAGCUAUUGGUAACCGUGAAGGUUUGUUUUUUUAUUUAUUAAUCAUUUCUUUUCUUUUUUUCUCAUUUAAAAGAAUUUAUUGUUUUAAAAUCUCGUUAUAAAGAUUUUGACAGGUUAUAUAACCAUAUAUAAACGGUUCUUUGACAUAUAACCCUCACCUAGGGGCUCGUAUAUGCUACAACAUACGUUAAACAAGGCGGAAUCUUUUCAGCUAAUAUAAUAAACGUGGGCGAGAUAGUUAAUUUGUCCUUCAUUUAUAAAGGGAGAAUAUUUUACGAUACAUUUAAAUGCUUAUGCAUUAUAAAAUAAAUCUACGUUAAGAUAAACACGAACUAUUUUCCGAAAAUCUUUAUCUUUAUACAAGGUCAUGUAAAAGACGCUAAUGUGCGGGUUGAAAUAUAAUUGUUAAAUUUUUUGAAACAAAAUACGCUUAAAGAUUUGUUAAGCUUACGAUUGUAAAAAUAAAUAACAUUUAUAUGUGAACUAUGGAUAUGUUUGGAAGUUUUAAUUUUGUUUUUGGGAAAAGACCAUUUGAAGAUAGUGGGGAAUGUUCGGAUGAAAUUGUUUUUACUUUUGAUGAUGGUAAGAAACUAUAUGUAUCACAAAACUUCUUGUGCUAUGCGUCACCGGUAUUUAAAGAGAGGUUUCAAAAGGGAUAUGGAGAGACAGAAAACAAAGUCAUUGAAAUGAAAGAAAACUCGAGUGAUUUUCUAGAGCUACUGUUGUCGUUACAUCCGGGAGUACAGAAACCUAUUGAUAAGAGUAACGUUUUAGGCGUAGUAUCUGUUGCAGAAGAAUACAAAAUUAAAUCAUUAAUCAACAGAUGUAAAGUCGUGAUGAAUGAAUGGCUCACCUCAGAAGUUCGUUCCGCUGCUGCUGAAACCAAAAGUAAUUUGGAUAAGGCAAAGCAUGCUAAAACUUGUCUAACUAUUAUGAUUAAGGCAAUAUCUCUUGGCUAUGAAGAAGUUGUUUCAUGUGCCAUUGAGGUUCUCGCUGAAUUUGGAUAUGAUGUGUAUACUGGUUCUCUGAUAAUACCUGCAGUGCAAAAACCUUUGAACACAUUUGGAACAUCUAAAGCUAAUAAAAAACUAUCUUCCAAAAAACCCGCAGCUGUAAACGUUGGCAUUCCUAAGACACAAGUUGAUUAUUCCUUCUUUACCUUUACUCCAAAGAAUGUAAUAUCAGAGGGAUCUGUUAACGAUUGCAAGAGAAUGUUCGACAGUCUCUCGGAACAGCUAAAAACUCGACUUCAUUUGCAAAGACUAAAGCUAUGUGAUGACGGCAAUAUGAGAUAGAAUUCAUUUCAAAAAGUAUUAAGCAAGUUUAUCAUAUUUGUUUCACUGUUUUCUUAAAAUAAAACAUACCAUCUAUUUGU